AAUGUCACGUGCAUGUGAUCAUGUGCUUGUCAUGCCCCCGUUUGUUUGUGUCAUCAAUCAUGGCUUGCUGGGGUGGCGGAAUGUUUUCUUCACUUUUUCUCAACAACUGUCAUAAGCAGAAUUCGUGUUAAAAGGCCAUCGUGCCAAGAUUUCGAAACCUCGGGCCUCCUUUUCAUAGAACUCGUACCCCAAUGGAAACAGCAGCUGCUACCCAUGCUGGCCGAAAUUCGGGUCGCUUCGUCAACGUAACCGAGGCAGAGAGGGCGUAUCUCGGUGAUGGACGGGAUAAACCCGAAGCACCUUCCAGACCUGAUCAGCUGAGCCUUAAGGAAUUGGACUUCCAGUUGGAAAGAAACCGUUCACUCCAUCACACCUCUGAUUACGAGAUAAAUAACCUGUUCGUCAGGCGAGGGCAGCGUUUUGAUCUCACCGUCACUUUCAACAGGGAACCAAAGACGGAGGUGUUUGGGCUGGAGUUGACUGUUCGUGGUGCCAAAGUUUCGUCUGCCCACAAUGGCACGGUGAUCCGUAUGCCCUUCAGUCGGAGCGAAGAGACCCUCGGCGAAUGGGGAAUCCGUGUCGUCGGUACUAAAGGUCCCGAGUACCAGCUCGUGGUUAGCUGCCCUCCUAAUGCCAUCGUCAGUCGCUACAAUGUCGCCGUCGUUAUAUUGGAUACAGAAAACGCAGAACCCAGGUACUUCAAGCAGAAGGACCCCAUCUUUGUGCUCUUCAAUGCCUGGUGUCGUGAAGACACGGUCUUCAUGGAAGGUGACGCCCAGAAGGACGAAUACGUGCUCAACGAUACGGGAUGCGUCUUUACGGGAACCACUCGACGUCAGUACGCCCGAUCGUGGGUCUUUGGCCAGUUUGAGGAUAUUACCACGGACGUCGUGUUUGACCUGCUUGAAAGAUGGGUGGAAAAAGCAAAGUCUCGUGCUGACCCCGUCGUAGUUUCUAGAACGUUCACUCAUCUGAUUAAUUACUUUCCUACUGAAGAGAAGGCAUCCAAGGUGGGGCUGCUCGUGGGAAACUGGAGUGGAGACUAUGACGAUGGAAAAAGUCCAUCCUCGUGGACAGGCAGUACAGCUAUCUACGAGGCGUACGCCAAAUCGAAUUGUGAACCCGUGAAAUACGGCCAGUGCUGGGUAUUCAGCGGUGUGUUGUGCACCGCCAUGCGCUGUCUCGGCAUACCCUGCCGAAGUGUGACCAACUUUUCCUCGGCUCACGAUACUGACGCCAGCAUGACGAUCGAUGUGAUUUUAGACUCUGAGACCAAAGAAACGCUCGAUUAUAUGUCCGACGAUUCAGUUUGGAAUUUCCACGUGUGGAACGAGGCAUUUUUCACCCGCCCAGACCUCCCCCCACUGAUGGGAGGCUGGCAAGCCAUCGACGCCACCCCACAGGAGAGUAGCAAAGGCUUUUUCCAAAUGGGUCCCGCUCCUAUCGCUGCAAUCAGGCAAGGCUUGACAUACAUGAACUAUGAUACCAAGUUUGCUUUUGCUGAGGUCAAUGCUGACCGAAUCUACUGGCUGGCGACUAAGAAAGACAUGGGCCCCCCGGAGCUUAAAAGGCUUUGGUGUGAUACCAACGCUGUCGGCGUGAGGAUCAGUACCAGGAAGCCCGGCAGAGAAAUAGGCAACAUCAGGGAGGAUGUUACCGCCCAAUACAAAUUUGCAGCAGGGAGUGAGGAGGAGAGGAGUGCCGUGGAACGAGCUGUUUCUUUUGGCACCAGACCUAAUACCUAUAGGCCCGACAGGAAGGAGGACGACAUCGAGGUUGAGGUCUUGCUGGCCGAAGACACACCCACUGGAAGCGACAUCGAACUCAAGGUGGCGGUCAACAAUAAAAGCUCAGUGUCUCGCACCGUCUCCUUCGAUGUUGUUGCCUACAUGUGUUUCUAUACAGGUUUGGGCAAAGCCAACAUGAAGAGCAUGAAGAAAGAGGUGACCGUUCCGUCUGGCAAGUCGGUCCAAACCCUUGAUGUGCUUGGUCCAGACCUCUACUGCCGCUACCUGGUUGACCAGCCUUGCAUCAAGUUCUGUGUCUUCGGAGAAGUCCAGGAAACAUCCCAACUCAUCGUAUGCCAGGACACGGUAUCCCUCACGCCACCGGAGAUGAAGACGGAAGCCAAGGUGGAUGGGUACGAGGUGAAGAUCGAGGCCGAGUUUGUCAAUCCCCUUCCCAUCACACUCACCAAUUGUACCAUCCGCAUCGAGUGCCCGCUGAUUGGCCGGUCCAUGACACUCGGACAAAAUGAUGUCCCUCCAAAAGGGGUCUACAAAUUCGGGAUGAGCUUCCCGCACCAGAAGAAGGGAAAGAAGCACCUCGUCGUCGACUUUGACUCAAAGCAGAUGGGGAACGUCAUUGGCGACAUCUUCAUGGAGGUCUAGGUUCCAACACUCUUAUGUAAGAACGUAAGGUUAUGAACGACUAUAGGAACAACAAGUUUUAUGGCAAGCCACUCGAUCGCAGUUCUCAAUAUCGUCAAACCACAUUAGCUCAACUUGCAAUGUAGGGUCACUUUUUUUUAAUUAAAUACGUUUUUUAAAUGCAAAGUUUGGUCGAGCAGGGAUUUCUGAUACUGUUGACCCAGGUUUGAUUCCAACUUGGUGCGCUAGUGCCCUUUAGGAAGGCAAUUACCCUCAUUACCAGGUCCCUUGGAGAGGAUGUUAAACCUUUGGUCCUCUGGUUUCUUCCUUACAGUACAAGCAUCCUCUCAAAAUAUUCAGGUUUAAAAAAAACACCACCACAUUUCCUUCACAAUUCAUUUUAAGUCCGUACAAACAAGGUCGCAAGUUGUUUAGGCUUCAGCAGUUAUUUGGGGUUUACAUUUGGCUCUCCAUACUCCUGUUGUGGUAAAGUUAUGUUAUGGAAAGCUGCAUGAAACAAACCUUGGAUCCAAUGGGUUGGAUGUUGGAAAGGACCUUGAACAUGACUUGAGGACUAGGUUCAUGGUAAAUUGGCUUUCUUUUAAGAGAACAAAAAGCAGCUUGUCAAAAGAGCUUUUCAAAAAUGAUUAUUCUUGCUCGCUAAUCCCAUUCUGUUCAUUCUGUGGUGACAGUACUUUGUCAAAGUAGAAUGAUUAGUCCAAAGAUUACUCUCACUCACAUUUUUUUUUGUCAGUUUGUAUGUACUUUCAGUCAUUUCAUUUGCUUGUACUUUCUUGAGAGUGAUUAAUAGAUUAGUUUGGAUUUUUUUCUGUGUAGUUUGUAUUGAUCCUAGUCGUAGGAUUACGUACCAGAUAUCGUAUUGUAUGUUCAUGAAAUGUACUUAUUGAUUUUUGACUAACCAAGUUGGUUUUGAGUACAGGUACUUUUUAUUAUACAUGUAUGUGUUUAGUACUAGUUAGAUUUAUUUUUCAGUAUCGAGAUUAUAGAAUCAUGUCCAAGUAAUCAGUAUAAAAAGUGAAACUUUUGUGCUUAAUGUUAAAUGCUUUAUUUUGCCAGCUUGAAACAGAUUUUUCUGAUAUUUUUUUAUUUUCCUAAGAGAGAGAAAAUGGUUAACCACUAGGUCCUUAUUUAAAGUCACUUUUAAAGUGCAUGGAAUUUCAGAAAUUCUAUACUUUGUCAUUAAAUAUUGAAAUAGGCCAAGUAUUUAAUACUUAUCUUUUGUACUUCAUGAAAAUUUAUGGUCACAAAGACUUUUUCAGGGUUUAGAAGGGAAACUUGUGAUAUUUUGCCCCUAGAAUAUAUAUAUAUAUGUAUAUAUGUUUUGCAUUGCCUUGAAUAUUACUGAAAUGUGUUCUCUACCUUUCAAGAUUAUGAUCAUGAAACUAAAAUCAUUCAAUCAAGAAAUAAUUACAUCAAAUUGAAUCAAGAAAAUACAGAAGGAAAUUUCUCUUUGAUAGGUAUUAAAAGAUUUUCAUUCUUUUUAUUAAAUUAUCAUAUUGAAUUAUAUCAAUUAUUGAUACUUUAAUACAGAAGGAAGGUGCUCCGUUAUUUUGUAUUCAACUGUUGCGUUUAAAUCAAACAAAAAUAAAAAACAAGUCAUUUAAUUGAAUCAAGAAGAUCAGAUGGAGAAUAUCCUUUUGUGAUUAGAAAUUCAUUUUUUCUGCUGAUUUUGAGUUAUGAAUAUUGAUGAUCAUUGAUGAUAAGCCUAUUUUUGUUAUCAUAUUUGUUUGCCUUGAACUCUUCUUAAGCUGAUACUUGUCUAUUCAUGUUUUUUUCUGCGUAAACUCAAAUUCAGUGUAGUCUGGAUGUAGUAAAUUCAAUGUCAUCGUAACAUUAACUUGCUUUACGAUUAUUGAUGAUAAGCCUAUUUUUGUCAUAUUUGUUUGCCGUGAAAUCUUCAUAAGCCGAUACUUGUCUAUUCAUGUUUUUUUAGUAAUCUCAAAUUCAAUGUAGUCUGGAUGUAGUAAAUCCGAUGUCAUUGUGACAUGAACUUGAUUUAUGAAUUGUUUUUAGAUUAGAUUUCAUCGUGCCUUAGAUGACCUAUUUGUUUUCUAGCAUUUGGGAUAGUUUUAGGGUGUUGAGGUUAGUGGUAAUGUCUGUGUAUAUUAUAAUGUACAGUACUUUGAGUUAGUGUGUGAAAUCUACAUGGAGACUACUCAAUGGGUCGUAGGGUUUACAUAUUCCUCUAUUUUGUGUAGUAUUUUUGAACGAGUAACGUUUUUUUUACGGAAACAAAUAGUCUUUAGUGGCCUUUGGUGUUUCUAUUCAAUAAUUUUGAUAGGAUACACUACAUAUUGAAAGGUGCUAGUACAUAUAGGUACAGAGUGCCUUUUCUGUUUCUGAAAUAAUUCUUCUUUCAAUUUCUAUGGAAUGAAAUGAGUUCAUUCAUUCACGAUACAGCAACAGUGCUUUGAGAAGCAAAGGCAAUUUUCAUUUUCUUGAAGAAUUCACCCGACUAUUCAGGCAACUUAUGAUUACAACAGUCUGUGCUGCGUAUUUCAGCAGGAAUCUGAUACCGUGCAUGACCUUUCAAAUGGUACUACCUAGUGACCUUUGAACUUUCUCAGCAUCAUCUGAAAUGGGGGAAGUUGGUCAGUGAGGAAAAGGCGUUAAAUAGGGUUUUUUGUUAAAAGAUGCAGCUCAGUCCAAAAUUCAAGGAGCCCGUUUCACAAAAAGAAAAUAAAGAAGCGUGUUUGACAAACUGAUGCAGCACUAGCUUUUGAGACAAUUCAUUUUAACAUUUCCUUGUAUAAACUAGUGUUUAGAUUCUACCACUUUAUGAAAGCAACCCUGGCCGAGAUUUUAUUGUGAAUAUUUUUCAAUGUGUUUAUUCGUGAGGCUGUCCAUUAAUUAUUAAAGUGUAGGUUUAAAAAUUGACCUGUUUAAUGUUUCUUUUUCAUUAGACUAGUUAUUUUUAUUAUUGAGGAGAAAAAAGACAUUUCCCACCUUUUAGUAUUAAAGCUUCAGUUUCCAAGUCUAUGUUUUAUGUUUGAUACUUGAAAUCUAAAAAAAUGCACUCUAUGGGAAUUUGAUUUGAUACAGUUCUUACUUGUCAUUUAUACCAUAGAGACCUUGUUAAAGUCCUAUUCAUGAAGGGGUGCAAGUUCUACUGGGGCGUACAUGUACACUACCAGUCACAAUUCUUUGACUCACUGUUACCUGUUUCAGCUAGAGAACAAUAGAAUCAGUGGACCAAAUCUAUCGUUCUCUGGUUGAAACAGUGUACAUAUUGCACAUUUAUGAAAUCAUUUUUAAUUUGAUUUCUCAUUUGCCUUUAGUAGUCAAUGGCUCACAUUCUACUACGCACAGAUCGCUACCAAAGAUACAUGUACAUGUGUCCUUGUUUGUAAAUGUAUGUGCUUAUAUGGAAUCAUGGCAGUGUUAAUUGUUUCAUUUCAUUUUUGCAUCAAUAUUUUUGAUAUGUUGGUGCAAUUCAGUGUGCCUUUGACAGAACAAAAAUGAAUUGCUUGUUGGCUUAAUUUUUUUUCUUCUGACUUAUGAUUUUCAUUACAGAUCGAGCAUGCGAUCUUAAACACAUAGGAGUAAUGCCGAAAAUUUGUUACAAAUUAGCUCAAUUUUGAUAUGAAUACCACAAUUUUAUCAGUUUCGGGUUUCUUGUACUAGACAAUUGUCAUUUGUCUAUCCAUUGGGUGAAAAUGAAAAUGUAAAUUGAGUAAUAUGAGAAAUUGAGAUACAUGCCAUGGCUGAAGAACAGUACACAAUUUUGUAUACACAUAUUGGAUUUUUUCUUCUCAAGAUGCUUAUUCCCGCAACAAUCUCACAAAUCACUUUUACUUGCCACAUUUAUCAGUAUCAACAUCUAUGAAGAUUAACUUGCAAAUAUACACAGGUUGCCCCUAAGAUACAGCUUUAACUCAGUGUAUCUCUUGGUACUAAUAUUUACCAAUUAAUUCCACUAUUUCUGGGCAUUUUGAUAUCUUUGUGCUUUAACUAAGUGUCUACUUGAAUUUACAGUACUUUUUUUGGAAACAAAGUUUCUGUUUUUGUACAGGGUAUCGUGAGGUACUCAAAUUAAAAGUUCUUUUGUGUAAGCUUUGGAUAGGAAAUGUACAUGUACUAAUUUCAUUUUGUUUUUUGUUCAAUGUAGAAUACAACAUGAACUCAAAUAAAUGAUUUCCCAUACGAUGGGUUAUAGAUUAGGAAA